AUGCGUGAAAUCUGCGCUCCCCCGCUCGCAACCUCGUCCGGCGGCGACCCGGUAACCCCUCAACCGCCGCGCCGCGUAAAUGCGGCUCCGUCUCUCGCCUCUUUGGUGAAUUGGUUCCGAUCGAAGGCCGUAUUCGCGUACGUGAUGUCUUUUUCACCGUACAUGACGGGCAGCUUACCGAUUUUCAUCUCUCCCCACGGGUUGUGGGUGGAUAACGUCGGACUUUUGCUUCAUUUUUUUGUUUCUCCGAGAGUGAUCUCGUCAAGAUACAGAGAGGACGUGCAUCUUCUAAAAAUCAUCUCAUUUUUUCCUCUGCGAGAGUCAAGUUUCCUCGGGUCAUGAACUUUGCGGAUUAACUAUUGCCUCCAACACUGUCUACGGUCCAUUUUCGGUCUCAUUAUUAGUCGUGCGUGUUUGCGAGCCACUUUUUCCAUAAUUGCUUGUUGUGUUGUUUUUUCGUUGCGUUUCACCGUGUAUUGUUGUUCUCUGGUUCCAGGCCUUUGCAUACUCCCUGUGAUUUUUUUCUAAAUUUAAAUAAAACAUGCAAUAUCAGUAGUUCGUUAAUUUAGAGGUAUUGAAUAAAUUUUUUUUGCUGCUGAGCAUCAGAGUGAGAGAAGAAAGAAGUAAGAUGAGUCCACAUAUUGCUUUUGGAUAUUCUCAUUGACUGACGUUUUCUGUUUGCAUUUUUAUUCCUUAGACCGCAUUGGAGGAAGACAUACAUAGUGUGGUCUUUGAGACCUGCAGCAGCAGCAAUACUGAUUACGACCCUCUUGAUGCCAGCUGCUAUGGAUGCAGUUGCUGUGUUCUAUCAAGAAAGCGGAAGAGGCUCUCAUCUUCCAAGCAAGUUAAUGUGGAAACUUCGACUCAUGUGGUCAAUAUGGCCAUGCGUUUGCAUGGGCCUUAUGAGGGUUGCUCAUCUCACAUGUAGUGUUGCACUUACCUCUCUAGUAAUUGAAUAUUUCUGUGAAUUAUUUGGAUGCUGACCUCCCUAUGAACAUGUAGGUGAGUUAUCUUUAUUCUUAACUUCAUCUUAAUUGUUGUCAAUAGGUGGUUGAAAGACGUUCAUGAUUCUUCCUCUAAUUGUGAACCAAUGGAAAAGGUUGUGUCAUACAUGGCAAUGGAAGGAGGCUCUCAGUCAUCAAAUAACCAUUGUGCUGUUUCUCAGCCUAGUAAUGGAGGGUCUACCGCCUGCCAAAACAAGACUUCUUCUGCGUAUGCUCAGAACACUUCUGUGAGUGGUUGGACUUAUGUUAACGAAAAUGGGCAGAUGUGUGGACCAUAUAUACAAGAGCAACUGCGUGAGGGUCUGUCUACAGGUUUCUUACCAGAGGAUCUCCCAGUGUAUCCCGUUGUAAAUGGAAACCUUAUGAAUCCAAUAGCUUUAAAAUACAUUGGGCACUUUGCAAGCCAUGGAUACUGGACGUCUAGUUUGCCAACAACAGUACCACAUUCUUUGGAUGCCCACAACGCGGCUUUGACAAUGCAAUCAUCUACACAAGCAGGGGUCUCUGGUUAUUCUCAUCCAUUGACUUAUUCAGAACAAUUAGGAAACCAGGCUCCUCCACAUGCAACCUCUACCUCUACAACACAUGUGGCAGUUGCGGAAAUGGCCAAUUGCUCUUCAGUGGAGCUUCCAAUGGUAUUAUUCUGUUGCCAUAACCUAAAAUCUGUAGACCAAUUUACGAUUUAUUCUGCUUCCACCAUGCAAGUAGAUUAGUCUUAUUUUUUGCUUAAUGCUUGGAGUUUCUUAAUUUUUUGUGAGGAAGAUAUUAUGGUUUUAUAAGGAGUUUCUCCCUAUAAUGCCCUUCUUUUUCUCCCUUUUCCUCAUGUACGCCUCUGAUGUGUGGAUUCCAGCUACAUCCAGGUGAGGAGUCCUGCUGGAUUUUUUAUGAUGGGAGAGGAUUAAAGCAUGGACCUUAUUCUCUCACCGAACUUAGCCACUGGCAUCAAAGCAAUUUCAUUCAUGAUUCUUUGAUGGUAAGAAACUGGAACAUAGGUCCGGCAAAUGAUGCCAUUGAUGUCUACUCAUAAGUUCGAUGCUUACUCGAAUUAAUUUUAGUUUACGCCUUUGCCACGCCCAAGUGUCGUGUUCAUAUUGUCAUUACAUCAUUGAUUCAUGCAUCCUUUGUUCCUUGUUGAGCAUGAACAUGUGCCAUUCCCUAUUUUAUGUUUCCCUUUCAUAAUAUCAACCAUAGAGGGCAAAAACGUCCUGCUUCCACUUAAGAUACCUCCUACAAUAAUGAAUCAAGUUUUUCAGGAAUAACAAAAUUGAAUGUCCUAUCAAUUUUCGUGUAGCUAUCUCGAUCUAUACACUUCAUUACUGCCCAAUAUGAACCUUGUUCUUGCUCAGUUGAGUCACUUCAUGUAGCAUUCGAAUUCUAAGUGAAUCUGUUCUGCUGUAAUAAGUUAGCUACCACAGAUAUUGGAUAACUAUGUUACAAAUGGAUUUGAAUAGGAAUGUCAAAAAAGUUUGGCGUGGUGAGUGUCCAACCCAACUCGACUAUGCUUCACAAGUCACAAGUCAUGAGCCUAGAGAAGAGAUCAGAAAUGGGACUAGGCCUGUGCUUGCAAUAUUUUCUACAGUCAUGCUUGGGGGGGGGGGGGGCGGGGAGGUUUGUGGGGGCCUGCAAGGUGCUGCAGAAGAAUGGGGACCGAUGUUCCUGCCUGGUAGGGGGAGAGGGUUGCGACUUUGGUUCGGUGUCUCCUUGAAGCAGUGGUUCAAAGCUUCUUGGCGUGGCCCCAACUAUACUAUUGACUAGCUUGUUUUUAAACACUGGAAAAAUUGGAUGGCCUUGCAGUUUACCCUGAACUGUUGACAUCCUAUACGUUUGGUCUUUCUCAUUUGUUUUCUUUAAAGGUGAACAUAUGUGAUUGAGAAUCUUCCUACACAUUAAGAGAAUGGAUGCACUGGAAAUAAAUACAAUAUCAAAAAGAAAUGUAUUAUUUUGUUUGCCGGUGCAUCAAAUUGACAUUAUAUAUGAAUGUUAUUGUUAGAAAGUAAUUUGGUAUUUACUUUAAAAUCUAGAAUUUGGCAUGCUUGUCUUAAACAUUAGGAUUCUUUGGAUAAAACAAUUUGCAGGUGUCACAUAGAGGUGAUGAUGCAGCCUGAGUUGCAUGGAGAUGAAAUCUUGUUCUUGAAUCCACAAGGAAUGAAAUUUCUGUGAAGAUUCCUUGCCUUGAAUCCAUAAAACUUGGAAGUUUUGACCCUUGAAUCCUCAAGGAGGCGAUCUCGAGCCCACAAGAUCAAGAAGCUUCCUUCGAAUUCACAAGAGAGGUGCCGGAAUCGACCAGAAAAGAGAUAUAAUCUGGGAAAGGGAAAAUUUCGUAAAACUGAAUAAUGCCUCUAAGGCUACAACGUGGACCCUACAAAGAUGGUUUAGUUAUAACGAUGGACCCUUAAACGUUGACCCUUAAACAGAUUUCAAGUGCAUUUAGAUAAUUUAAAAACAAAUUAAAAGUGAGAAAAUAACAUAAAAAGCAAGAAACUAAUCCAUCACCUAUUAAUGACACGGUUUAUUAUCAACCACCUCUGUUUUGGGCCUUUUAUGGUCUCCUGAUCCUUGUAGAUCAUCUUUGAAGCUUCAAGAUGCCUAGCCCACAAUUUUGGGGCCACCUAGGUCAAAAAGAUUUUGACCUUCUCUUCAUUGUGGUUGAUGUCCUACAUCAGGCAACAACAAGUACUAAUGCGUGUCAUCUUCUGAUAUAUCUCUGCAUCUCAUGAAUCCAUGCGAUGCAUGAUAAAUGGAUAGUUUAGGGUUUUCUAUGUAUAAACAUCAAAUGCAACCCGACUCAUGGGCUGCAACAAAAUUCUCCUAAUGUUCAAAUGUACUGUUAAACUUGAGAGCUUUCUAUUAGAUUUAUUCUCUUAUAUAGUAUGUUUUGCUCGAUUUGCAUAUGAGUAUUGUUUGGUUAAGAUGAUCAGAAGUGAGGAGGGGCCUUAACCCCUCAAUCUAUCUCGGGUUUUUUUUGUUGUGUGUCUGGUUUGGGACAGCUUAUUUGCAUGAGGGAUUUGGAAGGAUUUAAAUUGUGGUAAUUCUUUUGAUAUAAUUUGGUUUAAAAGGUUUUUGGACUUGGUGUUUUCAAGAAGUGGAAUUGGUGAGAUUAAAGUCUGCUUUAGUGACAAAUUUAUUUAUAAUUUCCUGUCAUGUGGAGAAUAAAAAGGAUAGAGGAGGAAACCUAGGUUAAUAGAAUAAAAAAAUUGCAAAUAUAAUGUACUGAGAAAACAUCCAUUACAAUUUGGGCGGGCAUCAGGAAAAGUCACCACGCAAUUUAUGUUGAGUGAACAAGUUGAAGAUGGCUGUGAGGACGAAUUCUAGCAAGACACAUUUAAUAAUUAGUUGUGUAUAUUUGUAAAUGUGAUAAUCGUGACUGCAAGGAAUAAUUAUUAUACUUUAUUGAUUGUGGGGUAGAAACCUUUUUUUUUUAACCAAAGAAAAAGACACUGGGGCAUACGUUUUGGUAUGCAUCUUUUCACUGUAGUUGGCAAACAUUAUCAUAUAACCUAAGUGUUGAGUGUGAAGUGCUGAACUUGUGACCUUGAAAAUCAGGAAGCUUGAUAAGUGUUGAACACAGAUUCCUCCGGACAAGACAAAGGGGUCCUGGACUGCAUGCAAAUAAAAAACACCGAUAGUGUCACCAGACACCAAGUUAUGGGUAAUCAAAGAGACAGUCUAGUUUUCAGAGAAAAGAUCUGCACAAAUUUUCAUCGCUAUAGGGUUUUUAUGGGCAUCUUGUCCCUGACAGUUGGUGCAAACAAUGAUUGCAGCGUUGAAUGAAUUUCAUUGAUGAUAGCAGGCCUCAUCAAAUAGGCCCACUGUUCUUACAUCCAUGGAACACUCCUUGUUUAUGGCGGCUGUGCUUAAAUCAUGUAGAGAACCUAGAGAGAAAUUAUUGUGCUUUUGAUUUCCUGUCACAUUUCCACUCUCCAAUAUUUAUUUCGUACUACAGACGACAAUAAGGAAAUCACUGGAAUUAAAUUCAUGAGAUACAUGAAUUUCUUUUCCUCAUUAAUCAAGCCCACGUAAUGGUUUUUUCUUUUUUCUUUCCUAUUAUUUUUAAUUUGAAAAAAACCAAUGUGCAUGUCAUUUAAACUGUUAAACCGGAUGAUGUUUUGAUGCUCAAACUCCUUUAAAGCUUUGUACGGAGAAUUGUAAUAUCUAUCCGUCCCAUCUAGUUCUGUUCUCUUAGUCGGGGUUUAUCUCGUUACAUGAUAAUUCUUUAGCCACGAGCCACAUUUCUCCAUCUUCAUUCUCUUUUACUUCUUGUAGGUGUAUCACGUUGAUGAGAAGUUUGGACCAUUUACACUGAUAUCACUUAUCCACAAAUGGAACAGAGAACCGGGCUAUGCUACUGAUGAGAAAAAUUGUGCUGAGAAGGGUGCUCUUGACAGCUAUGUAGACGGAAUAUCAGAAGACCUUUCUCUCCAAUUGCAUUCUGUAGUUAUGAAAACUGCACGCCGGAUUAUAAUAGAUGAGAUUAUAAGCUCUAUAAUACCUGAGUUUGUUGCCUUAAGGAAAGUCCACAUGCAGACAGCACCAAAUCCAGCGACUAAGGAAGUCGACAAUUUUUCUCUGCUAGAGAAGAUGGUAGUGUACCUGAAACGGACGUUAAUUAUUAUCUUAUAAAUAUAGGUAUAAAUAUUGAUUGUUUCAUUUAUUUGCUUGUGCAGCCUGUGGUUGUGGAGGGAGAGAAACCAUACGUAUUGCCAGGUGAUUCUUCUAUUGCCUUUUUUCCCAAGACUAAGCAGAUGAACUCUGGUUGCACUGCUCCUGUGAAUUCUCUUGCAAACGCGAUUUCUGCCGGAAGCAUCAACGGUCUCCCUAAGUUAUUGGCGAUUUCCCGCAAAUUGUUUCAUGAUGACUGUAUGAAAAUUUUGUGGAAUGCGGCCUCUUAUGAUCCAAUAGCGGAAUACUGUGGCUUAUGGCGCAAAAGGAGACGAUGGUCAUGCUAUCCACUCUUGGCUAAUCCUUUAGCUUCAGUAAAACAGGAUACAUUGCGUGCAGAGAAGCCUCAGGUUACAUCACUUGUCAAUAUAAAUUUGCCAGUAAUUCUGUGCGCUUACCAGAUAACAUAUUUCAAAAUCAAUUUCCUAGUUUCUUUCAUAGCUUCAAAGUUGUUUUACAUGACUUAGGGUCUUACAGGUUAGAAUGAAGACUGAUUCCGUGUGUGAUAUGGAUUUUCCUCCGGGGUUUGGACCUGACUCUAUGAGUUCCAAUAAUAUUAAGCCAACUUCUGGCUUCAAUUUUGAUGACAUUGGUCUAGAUCGAAGAACAUCUAGCGACACUGAUCCACUCUCUGUUGACAUCCAAGAAAUCUGUGAGGGUGUGGAAGAUUCACUUUAUUUGUCGGCAAAGACGUCCUUUGCCGAGUACCUUGGUGAUGUUAUUAAUAGAGAAGUGGCAAAGAUCAUUUCGGCACCAGAAACUGACCUUAGAGUAGAUGAGGUGAGUUUUAUACUUGAUUAUGGCGUUAUUUGCUUCUGUACCGUUUUUUAGCUAUCAACCAUGGUUUCCGAAAGCAAAACUUGUACGUCAUUCGCUUGCAUAUUUUUUUAUAGCUGGUUUUACUCUUAAUGCAGAGUAUUGAUGUUGAUAUGAUUUGCUUCCCAACUCAGCAGCCCCCCCCUGACUUGGACUACUCUGUUGAUCUGCCAAACGGUAUGAAAAUGGAGUUGCCAACAGUUUUCUUGUUCUCAUAAGAGCUUUUCUUUUCUGACAAGCAUUUCUUUUCUAAUAUUCUUACAGUUUCAUUUUUCUUGUCUGAACGAUAAGGUACUGUUUUUCACCUAAUUCUUUGUGAACAGGUGAAAAACCUAUGUCUCCCUCUGCAUUUUUCUUGCACUUCUUUGAGAAGUUCCCAUUAUGCAAAUCAGAUACUGUCGAGAUAGGAGAUACUGAUGAGCCUCCUCCUCCUGGACUGGGCCAGUGCCUCUUGCGUUGUGAAGCAUUGCAGAAAGCUAAAAUCAGACCAUCGAAGUCUGAUAAAGAUAUUCCUAUGAUUGGUGCAUAUGUCAGCAUGGCAGUUUGUCGGCAAAGGCUUCAUGCUGAUGUUCUUAAAGAUUUGAGAGAUUCUCUUUUCAGUGAUGACAUUUACCAGCAUUGCCUAUCAUGGUUUGCUUCAAGAAGACAUUCCGAUUCGGUUAUCUCAGGGGUCUCCAUGGGUAGAUGGAAAGUUAGAGCCUUGGUUGAUGUAAGUUUUUCCUUUUGAAUGGUCGUGUAACAGUUCUCAUCUUUAAGAAAGUUCGUUUACUUAAUUUCCUGCACACAAACUUUAUGCAUGUUUCUUUCUUUUGCAUUAUUUCCAUCUUCAGCCGUAUCUUUUCUUCAUUUUGUGGCAUGUUGUGCAUGACAUUUGUUAUGGCUUUCAUGUCAGCCAUCUUUAAGGUUGCCCUAACAAUUUUUACGCAUUUAGUCAUGAGGAGCAUUGUUAAUAUCGAUAGUAAACUUCUACCGCUCCAAAAAAUAUAAUGUCAAAAAUAUUAAGAUUGACUUUCAUGUGAUAUUUUAUUAAUACGUGUUGGUUUUUUUAAUGCCAUGUGCCUGGUAUUUCUUAUGGUUCCUUGCUAGCUAUCCUUCAAGUUUCUAUGACCAUUAUUAAAUGUCCGUUUCAGGAAGAGACACAUAAGUUCAAAGAGAAAAAAGCCAUUGAUUCCUCUGAUCUAACUGGGAGGCUCAGUGAAAAGUACACGUACUUUCGGAAGAAACGAUUGGGAAAGAAAAAGUUAGAAUCACUCUCUGGAAGUAUGCUUUCUGGGAAUGCAGGACUAAAUGCAGAUCAACCUGCAUCUGAAUUAGUUUCCAACGUGACAGGUGUGGAAAGUAAGGUUGCAUUUACUGAAGGAAAUCCCAUUAAAUGUGGUGCAGAAUUUCACCAGAUUGUGGCAAAUGAUAUUCAAAAUUUGCCACAUGAUGGCUCCAAAGUAGCAAAGAAAAAGGCUCAACAGUCAUCUAGUAAAAGAGUUCAUGUCAAAAAAAAUAAUGCUUCAGAAGGUUCCCCGUCCACACUCAGACCCAGAAAGAGAUCAGCUCCAAAGAACGUUCUUCUUUCAUCUAAUGGGAGAAAGUGUGAUGUUACAGACCGUUCUUUUGCUAAGAAAGACAAGUUAGGAGAGGCUGCUGUUUCCAGGAGGGAAUUCAGUAAUAAUGGGAAAUCGUUGAAACAUGAUUACCGUGAACUCUCAAUGAUUUCAAGAUGUAAGUAUUAUCUUCAUCAAAUGGUUGUCUUUUUCAUUUAUGGUUUUGCUUUUGGUAUUUUUUCGACUGAAAUGAUGGUUAUGCUUUUUCAUUAUCUUUCAAUUAUGCAGCAAGACAAGUUGCCAAACUCAAGAAGAAAAUGAAAGAGGAUCAAAGUCCCUCUUUGCCGUCAAAAGCUAUGAAAAUGUUGGACACUUCGUUAUGUAAGAAUAUGAAAGGCAGGCAAGUAAAAUCUCGGAGAUCGAAAUUGUUGGAUUUUGUAGUGACGGAUCCAUGUCCCAGAUCCAGUGGUUGUGCCAGAUCAUCUAUAAAUGGGUGGGACUGGCGUCGAUGGUCACAGAAGGCAUCCCCUGCUGAUAGAUCGUGGGUCAGAGUUCAGUUCGGUCACUCUAGCACACUUCGUUCCGUAGUUUGGGCUUCUCAAAACUCCAGUGUUAAGGGCCCUUCAGCUAGGACUAACAGGGUUAAGUUACGUAACCUUUUGGCUGCAGCAGAGGGAUCUGAGCUUCUUAAAAUCACUCAGUUGACGGUAUUUAAUGCAAAUAUUUACCUCAGUGGAAGUUUUGCCUUGCUUUCUUGUUAUCCUUUUGACAUACUUUUGUUUUGUCAGGCAAGAAAGAAACGGCUUCGUUUUCAAAGGAGCAAAAUUCACGACUGGGGUCUGGUAGCUCUUGAGCCAAUCGAGGCUGAAGACUUUGUGAUAGAAUAUGUGGGUGAGCUGAUCCGUCGACAGGUAUGUACGUUUCAGAAUAUUUCUUGAGGUAAAGUUGAUAUUUUUUACAAAUAGCUUUAUAGCGAUAUGUUGCUGGUUCUUAUCCACUCAUCUUUUAUUCGUUUAAUUUUCCUCCAUGAUUGUAGAUUUCCGACAUACGUGAACGUCAAUACGAAAAGAUGGGCAUUGGUAGCAGUUAUCUUUUCAGAUUAGAUGACGGUUAUGUGGUGAGCAAAUGUCUUUCAUUCGACUGUAAUUUUCCCUUUUUGUUUUCCUGUAUCAUACUUCACUGUCAUCUUGCUGUGAUAGCUUGGUAUGCUUUACUAUGUGACCUCAUAUGGAAUGUAACUUCGCAUUUUAUUGACUCACGGAUUGCAUUUGGGAAAUAUCUUUGGAUCAUAGUUUUACGAGGCUUCCAUUCUCAUUGCCUCUCUGUUCGCCCCCCUCUGUACAUCCUCUUUCAAAAGUUUGAUUAUGGGGAUGAAUGGUCUUAUGAUCCACAGGUUGAUGCUACUAAGCGUGGUGGUAUAGCCAGGUUUAUUAAUCAUUCAUGUGAGGUAAUUAUCUGACUGUUCUUAGGUGGUUGACAUUUUAUAUAUUUUUUGUUAAUCAACUCAUAUUUUUCAGCCUAACUGCUACACAAAAGUGAUCACUGUCGAUGGUCAAAAAAAGAUCUUCAUUUAUGCAAAGAGACAAAUAUCUUCUGGUGAAGAAAUUACUUACGAUUAUAAAUUUCCAUUGGAGGAGAAGAAGAUACCAUGCAAUUGUGGGGCUCAGAGGUAAUUGAUAUCUGGAGUGAGACGUCAUGUGCCUAUGUAAUUGGAACUAACUGCAAGAAAAGUGAAUGACUACCUCUUCACUAUGUUUUUUUUAGAAGCCUUCUCCAAACUUAAGUGUUUCACAUUGAAUUUACUCAACUGGCCUGUUGUGGUUAAAUAUUGCAUAUCACUUUGUAGCCAGUAGUACCCCUAGAAGAAAUAAUUUGAUGGGAGAAUGGAAUAUAUGGAAUCAAGAAUUUUGAUGGUUUAUGAAUUCUUGUAUAACCAUCACUUCAUGAUAAACAAGAUUUGACUUGAAUUCUUUUGAUGAGGAUUUUUUUUUUAGUUUUGGCUUUCCUCUGUGCCAAAUGCCCGUCAGAUCACAUAUAUGAGUACUAAUGCUUUAAGGGAUUAUCUGGAUUAUUUAAGUUUUUGGUCCAUUUUCUCAUUCUGAUCACUAGGAUUUAGUUGUUUUGUUACUCGCUUUAAAAAUGAUAUGUUGGCCAAGUUCUGUUUAUUUCGCCUUCUUCUGGGUUGCAGAAUCUAGACCCCAUUGCAGAAUCUGUCAUCUAUUUUUUCCGGUAGUUUUGACAUUAUCUCUAGUUCUAAUCACGAACUUUUUUGUCUCGACGAGCUCUGCUCCAUAAAAAUUUUCAUUCGUAUCAUAAAUAUUUGCACAACGAAAGUACAAAUUAAAUGGUCCUGUUAUGAUUACUUUUUGCAACUGGACGUUCUAGUGAAUAAAUUUCUAUGAUAAUUGUAUAAUACUCUUCUAUUUAAAUUUCUGGAAACAUCUUCUCUACCCAUUUUUGCUCUCUUCAUCUGUCCUUGUAUCUAUUUUCAGGUGUCGUGGAUCAAUGAAUUAA